AUGUCAAAUACUCUCGAAGUGACAGUGGUGGGCGGAGUGGGGUUGUCGGACAAGGAGCUGUUCACGCGCCAGGACCCGUACAUCGUUCUCGAGUACGGCCAACAGCGCUUCCGAUCCAAGACAGACAUAGACGGCGGCACGAACCCCGCGUUCAACGCCACGUUCACGCUCUCGCUGCUGCCGGGUCUCAACGAGCUCUGCGUCGUCAUCUGGAACGAAAACGUGCUGCGCGAUAACGUCAUCGGCUCCUGCAGAAUAGCAUUGGAUAGGGUGCUGGCAACGGGCUUUGAGGACGGCUAUUUUCCCGUGUACAACAAGCGACAGCAUCAGCACGGUUCCCUACGAGUCAUUCUCAAGUACCGUCCCCAGUACUCCCCCUCGCCAUAUCCCGCGGCACCCUACCCUCCACCCUACACUGCUCAACCACCCUACACUGCUCCUCCUCCCGCCUACCCCCAAAGCUACCAGCCCAACCAGUACCCCCCACCUUCAUCCUACCCCCCCUCUCAGUCGUACACCUAUGGCCAGGCUCCUCCUUACCCUCCCUCGUACCCACCUCCAAAUGCGGGCUCUUACUCCUAUCGCUGA